AUGGCUCCAACAACAGGCCUUUUUUUGACCCGGACUCUGAAUUCAGGGCGGGUUUCUCUCGAGUUCGCCGAGCAAUGGAAGAGCCCCAGCGAUGUGUUCUCUGUUCUAUUGAUCCUUGGCGGCGACGUUGUCGCAAGAGCCCUCGCGCAGGUGUCAGGGUCACGCCUGACGCCGGUAGCGUUCUCAUUUGGAUGGGUGGCCUAUGCGGUAUCGGCAGUGGUAUUGACUGUCGGCGAGAACAGACUCAUGCCACCGCCCGAUUGUUCCUGCAAGGUUAUCAACGGUCUGAAUGGCUAUGCUCGUGAUAAUACAAGUUGGAUUCUCGGUCGCAUGGUCCGAGACUACGAAAGCUGGAUGGACGGGGGCAUGUUGGAAGGCCCUGUGCACCAACGCCUGGCUCGCAUAUUAAACGACAGCUGGGAGGCUACGAAGCGAGAGCAAAAGCAGACGCAUGGCGAGAUAACACGACCACGGCAGGCUGGGCUUUGUGUCUCGGUCUACCGCGCGGUGCAAACUGUCCCCGGCCACCCGGGCUAUGAUCGCGUCUACUUUACCGGACUUGCCACUUGGCUUAUUCAGCUGGGUAUCGCAGCUAUCCCUUACGGGCUGUUCGGGAAUUGGGCUAUCCUGCUCGUCACGGGUGCCGGAAUCUUCCUCGCCAUGAUCACCGGCGCGCUGGGCCAGUGGAAGCUCGAGAAAUGGGCAGGGCGGCCCAACCGCAGCGCCGGCAAGCCGGUGAUACUUACCAAGGGGAAUGGCAGCCAGCAUGCCAUUGUCAUCCUUAGUGACAAGGACCUCUGUCUCGAUUUGGAGACCCUGGCUUCAGGGCAGGCCAAUAUUGACGUUUCAACCUCCCUUUUGACUCGGGUCACCAUCACAGUACUGGCAGCCAUGUGGACCUGCCUCCUGAUCACAGCCUCUGCUAUAACGCAUGACACUUGGUUCCUGCUUGCUAUCGGCGGUAUUGGUAUUCUCCAGAAUGUUUUCACCGCCGGAGCGCGACGAACACCGGAAAGCUUUGGCUUUGUCUUAAAGUUCGAAGAGGUCAUUGGCCAUUUUAAGGUAAUGGAAACACUGGUCCAAGUCGAAAAGAAGUAUCCCCGUACGGGGAAAAGUAUGCUGCCUACUUUCUUCCCGGGCGAGCUGCUUCCUGCCGAAGUGAAACUAUGG